GCACCUGAAACAAAAUAAAGAUAUAUUAAUCAAAGGAAAGGGAAAUUUUCAUAUUUUUAUAUUUUUGAUUGAUUUUUUUUUUUUGAUAAAAUUUUGAGUUAUGACAUCGACGUGACAAACCUGUUCAGCGAAGGAGAAAUGAGCAGCAUACUAGAACGCCAGUAUCAACGAGCCCAGAGCUUACGAGGUCGUGGAGUGGGCAGCACCUCGCAAAGACAGACGCGAUUCGACAAGCGACCGCCUGCAGCACCUCACUCGCGCAGCUCAUCCCACCGAGGAUCCAGCUCGACAUCUAGGCCGCGGGUUGACCAUAGGGCUGAGGCUGCGGCCCCCAGUGCACGCAGGCGUGCACGUGAGGAGAUGAACAGCGAAGAUGAGGUCCCCUUCUUGAGGCGCAAGACGACAAGGGGGACUGAGCCCGCGGUCGCGUAUCUUGACAACUUUAGUUAUGUGAAGCCGGAGUGCCAACCCGCUAUGACGCAAGGCAUGCAAAGCUUCAUGCCUCCAGCGGAUCGGCUACGAGCGAAGAGCUACGUGCAGCAGCAUGGCGGGCAGGUAGCCAUGAUCAAGUUAAUGGACGCGUUCAGCUACGUCGUCGCUAUGUUCGAGAAGAAAGCCAGCCUUGCAGAUGAUGUCAACCGUCUGCAAGGUUCGGAGAUGGCCAACUGGGCAGCUGCAGCGGAGAGCCGAGCAGACGAGCUCGCCAAUAGAAACAAUGAGCUUAGGGAGGAGUUGGAGCGAGCCCGUGCCGAAAAAGAGAGCGGGAUCCAGGCAGCUAAGGAAGAAGCCGCUCAGGUUGAGGAACGGGCCAAGAAGGCUGAGGCCGACAGGGACCGCGCUCAGCACGAGCUGAGCUCCCUUAGGCACCAGGUCGCCGAGGCCGACAAGAACCUCAAUGCUGCCGGGGAGGACGCCGUGGCGGUGGCGUCUGCAAAUGUGACCACAGAGAUCUACAAUGAGAUCCGUGGGAAGGUGCUGCAACAUCGCCCGGACUUCCAGAUUGGCGAGCUGGCGUUCUUCAACGGGGAGGACCUGGAGAGCAGGGGAAGAGUCCUUGAGGACGGGGAGGAUCCAACAGGGCUGCCCUCUUUUGACGCAUGGGUAGAGGGUGCUCCUGUAACUGAGCAAGAGCCUUCAAGCACCCCGCCCAACUCUCAGCCUGCCGUAGUGCCACCGUUGAGGUCACCUAUCAAUGCGCCAGCUCCCGAGCCAGCUGUGCGCUCGCCUCCAGCUCGGCGCUCGCCUCCAGCUCGCUCCUCUCCGCCAACAGCUGACGCGUCCAUGCCCGUCGAUUUGACGGAUGAUUAGACUUAGGAUUUUUUUGUUUUGAUCUUUUGUAUUUUGUUUUUGCAUUUUUGUAUUUGAUCAAUGGAUUCAUAUCAUAUGUACCUCCAAUGUAAACAUCUUUGAUGAAAUACAAAUAUGAAUUUUCCUUUGAAUUUUUGUUGUAUUUUCUGUAUAUCAUUGUUUACAACUGUCGGAUAACAACUUGAAUAAAAGAAUAGUACACAG